AUGGCGUUCUCGUUGAGCAAGAGACUGGCCUGCUCUCAGCUUUCCAAGCUUGCUGCUCCUUCACAGCGAGCUUCACUUAGCUGGCGACGAUACGCCAGCGCCGCUGCUGUGCCCACCUCUUCCAGCAUUCCCGUCCAAGAUGAAACUCAAAUCAGGCACGAAGCCUCUGUGCCCAACCCAGACCCUCCUUCCGACUCGCCGACGGCGACCUUUUUGAAUCAGUCUACUCCUUACAUGGUCCCUACCUAUGUUCGGCCCCCUCCAAUGAUGGUGCAAGGAGAAGGCUGCAUUUUGUACGAUAAUGAAAAUAGACAAUAUCUGGACUUCACUGCUGGCAUAGCAGUCACUUCUUUGGGCCACAACGAUCCCGAAAUCACAAGACUGAUUGCCCAUCAGGCACAGCGAUUGAUCCACGCGUCCAACCUCUAUCACAAUCCUUGGACCCCAACACUCUCCAAAUCCCUGAUUGAGGAGACGCAGAAGCAGUCGCCCGGCUCGCCUCUGACUCAGGUCUUCAUUGCCAACUCUGGCGCAGAGGCCAAUGAGGCUGCGUUAAAAUUUGCUCGAAAGGUUACAUAUGCAAAAGACCCGGAAUCAAAACAGAGAGACAUUGUGUCAUUUCAUGGCUCUUUCCAUGGCCGCACCUAUGGAGCGCUUUCGGCCACUCCAAACAAGAAAUACCAGGCCCCAUUCGGUCCCAUGCUGUCUGGCUUCCGUUAUGGAAAGUUCAACGACGUUGAGGGCGUCCAGCAGUUGAUCAACGAGAACACUGCAGGAGUGAUUGUUGAACCCAUCCAGGGUGAAGGGGGUAUCAACGUUGGAACCCCCGAGUUUCUCCAAGCCCUCCGCAAGCGGUGUGAUGAAGUGGGUGCAAUCUUGAUCUUCGACGAAAUCCAGUGUGGCUUAUCAAGGACUGGAGAUCUCUGGGCCUAUACUGCAUCCGGAGUGCAUCCCGAUAUCUUGACAACCGCCAAGGCCCUGGGGAACGGCAUCCCUAUUGCAGCAACCCUCGUCUCAGGCAAGACUGUGGCCCCAUACAUCAAGACAGGCGACCACGGGACAACCUUCGGCGGCAAUCCUUUUGCAUGUCGAAUUGCUCAUCACGUCUUUGGCCGACUCGCCAAGGCUCAAUUACAGGAAGAAGUCCGAGUUAAAUCGACCCUCUUCUUCAGCGCUUUCGAGACCAUGAAGGAAAAGUUCCCCGGCGUCCUCUCUGAAGUCAGAGGCAAGGGUCUUAUUGUCGGCUACCAGUUGGCCGACUCGGCCAAAGACAAGGCAAAUGAGAUCGUUACGGCUGCAAGAGAACGAGGCCUUCUAGUUAUCACCGCUGGCGACGGUGUUAUCAGAAUUGUUCCCCCGCUUGUUAUCUCGCACGAAGAGAUAAACAAAGGGCUCGCAAUCCUUGAGGACGCCAUGAGCGUUGUUUUCAACAAGCCAAGCCAAGUGACAGGCACCACAGGUCAGCAGGAAAUGGCUGGCCGCUGA